AAUUUUAGAGAGAGAGAGAGAGAGAGAGAGCGAGCGAGCGAGCUCUGUAGAGAGAGAGAGAGAGUGUAACCGACGAUGGCGGCUUUGAAUAUAUUAUCCCCGCCCUUAAAUCCAUUGCAGCUGACGACAGACUCUACUUCACUCUCUAUCUGUAAAUAUAAUAUUAAUAUUAACUCAAUUUGUCAAAAAUAUGCCUCGGCAUCUAAUUCUAUAUGUAAAUGUGGAAGAACAUUGGCAACAGCUAAAUCGAAGCUCUCUUUUAUGCCGUCUCAAAUGUUUCCUCAGCGUCAGCAUUUAUCAGGCAGUGGAUGUUCAUGGAUGCAAGAUGAUUUGGCCUUUUACAAUAAUGUUGUCACCCAUGGAAGGACACGAGGCCCCUUACAUUCAGUUUUUCCAUCAACAAAUGCGCCGGUUUCCUCUGUGAAGGACCUUUUUGAUUUUAUAUGCGCAGGUCCCCUCAUAAGCAAAACUAACCUUACCCCAGAGAAGGUGUCCGAGUCUAUUGACAAGUGGAUAUUAUAUGGAUCUCAACUUUGUAGAUUGUUUCAGCUCAAUGAACUGUUUUUAACCGAGCCUCAGAAAGUGCGAAUCUACCAUUACUACAUUCCAGUCUUCUUGUGGUGUGAGCAAGAAAUUUCUCGUCAUAAUUCUAUGUUCCAGGAAGGAGAUGAUAUACCCCCUUUAGUGAUUGGUUUCAGUGCGCCACAAGGUUGUGGAAAAACAACACUUGUCUUUGCACUAAAUUUUCUCUUCCGAAUGACUGGGAGGAACUCAGCGACAAUAUCCAUCGACGAUUUUUAUUUAACAGCACAAGAUCAGGCCAAACUAAGGGAUAGCAAUCCCGGGAAUGCACUUUUGGAGUUCCGUGGUAAUGCUGGAAGCCAUGAUCUUGCUCUGUCUAUUGAGACUCUAACAGCUCUAGGGAAGUUGACUAAAGAAGGUAUGAAAAUUAAGCUUCCUCGCUAUGAUAAGUCUGCAUACAAUGGUAGAGGAGACAGAGCUGAUCCUUCAACAUGGCCAGAAGUUGAGGGGCCUCUAAAGGUUGUUCUGUAUGAGGGUUGGAUGCUUGGUUUUAAACCCCUUCCAAAUGAAGCUGUGAAAGCAGUAGAUCCACAGCUAGAGACCGUGAAUAAAAAUUUAGAAGCUUAUUAUGAUGCAUGGGAUAGGUUUAUCAACUCUUGGAUAGUAAUCAAGAUUCAAGAUCCCAGUUUUGUCUAUCAAUGGCGAUUGCAGGCUGAAAUUGCUAUGAGGGCUGACGGGAAGCCUGGAAUGUCCGACGAGGAGGUUAUGGAUUUUGUUUCACGAUAUUUGCCAGCAUACAAGGCCUACCUCCCUACCCUCUACUCGGAAGGACCAAAUGGUUCAAAUCCUGGGCAUUUGCUUGUCGUCGAAAUUGAUGAAGGCAGGAAUCCCAUCCUUGCAAAUUAGUGGCGAAUCUAGCAUCAAUGUUCAGUUAGGGCGGAGGUUGACUUUGACGGUUGACCGUCGACAAUCAACGAUUGUAAAAGUUUGGUCCGAUCGGCAGCCGAUUAUUUAUUAAAAUUAGAUUAAAUGAUAUUAAAAAUUAUUUAA